AUGCCAUCUGACGACCACCCUAACAAACAAAGGCUGAUCAACCGGGCCCGAGAAUUCCUAGCCGAGGUCGAGGAGUUAACUCCUGGAAAAGAGCUUGAAGAAAGGUUAAAUCGCGAAUAUGGUCCAGGGAACGCCUACUAUGAGGACUUUUGCACCUUAAUUCGCCAAGGAAUAUCAAAUAAUGAAGGCUGGCUAGCAACAGACGAAGUCGACGGUCCAAAGUAUCGCCGCAGUAGGAUUUGUUCGCCCUCUGAAUUGACUCGCUAUUUUAGCAUCACUGCUGUCUAUAUGGAUAGCCAGGAGGUCUAUCGUGGCCAGUAUCACCUACACCCAUACGGUGAGAUCAACUGUGUGGUUCAAAUCGACUCGUCGGCUGAGUUGAUGGGGAUGUCUGGCUGGCAGGGAGCAGGUUGGACAUCACCAGCUGCGGGAACCCAUCAUUAUCCGGAGGUUCAUGGGGGUGCUUUGGUUGCUUUGUUUUUUCUACCUGCUGGCCGUAUCUCGUACAACAGAGCGCAACCGGGAGAUGCGCAGCCGAUUACUAUUUAA